GCGGCUUGACCGUAUGUUAGCAGAUCGAAACUGAUUUUAAAACAAAAAUCGUUUAAACGGAACCUUUGUCUCAUCCACGCAGCUACACGGAGCAAUUCAUGGUCAGACCGAGCCGGGAACGAACUGAGAAGAAUAAUCUUAAAUCAUUUCCUCGAAAAAAAUCUCGUUUUAUUUUAUUUAUUCAUUUUUUAGCUAAAGCGGAGAGCGGAGCUGGUGGUAGAUGAUGUGGAGGAGCGGCUCGUCCGGAGGCUCUGACCGCUUUGAGUAUUUACAAACUCUGGUCACCGAGUUUCAGGACACCGACAGCGACGAGGCGAAGGAACAAGUUCUGGCUAAUUUGGCCAAUUUUGCAUAUGAUCCAAAGAACGUGGAGUAUCUGAGGGAGCUGCAGGUGACUGACCUCUUCUUGGACAUGCUGACUGAGGAGAAUGAGAACUUUGUGGAAUUUGGGAUGGGGGGGCUCUGUAACCUCAGCAUGGACCCUGAGUGCAGAGAUGUCAUCCUGCAGAGCGACGGCAUCCGCUUAGUCACAAACUGCUUGUCGAGCCGGAGGGAAGAGACGGUCCUGUCAGCCAUCACCACCCUCAUGAACCUCCUGACACCUGUGUCACGCUCUCAGAUCACCGAUCCCGCCAUCCUGCAGUGCAUGCUGCGCUUCUCCCUCUCCGAGAGCCCUCGUCUACGCAACCUGGCUACCGUGUUUCUGCAGGACUCCUGCAGCGAGGAGCAGGUGGCGCAGGCGCAGCAGCAGAUGGAGGGGCAGCAGAUGGCAGUCGGCAUCCCGCUGCCCAAAGACUAAAGACAAAGCACAGACCUUUAUUUUUUUUAUAAGUGUGCUCUCUGUGAGAGCGUCACAGAUGAUUCACCCAAGGGAGCCAAAAUUCGAUAUGUUGUUCCAAAAAAAAUAAAAACAUAUUGGAUGUCCACUCGUAAGAGGUAAUGGAUUCACUUGACAAAAAUGAUGCUGAUUUUUUGGAAUUAAUAAAGUUAUUAUCUCAUUAACUGUGAGUAAACCUUUCAUUAUGAAAAGUGUACUCCCAGUUUAUGAGGUAUUUAAGGCAUCAACAAGAUACCUUAAAAUACCAAAACAGCAGUGACAUGAUGGCUGCCCUCUGUGAGCCUGGUUUCUUCAGGUUUCUUUCUCUUAAAUGGGAGGUCUUUCUUCUUGCUGUCGCCAAGUGUUUGGUCAGAGGCAGCUGUUUGAUUGUUAGGGUUUUCUCUGUAUUACUGUAGGGUCUUACAAUAUUACGUCUUGAGGUGACUAUUGUUGUGAUUUUGUGCUAUUUAAGUAAAUUUGGAUUAAAAUGAAAGCGUGUGGUUAAA